AUGUCUGUCCUCCAUGACCCACGCAACCCACAUGAUGAGGGCAGGAAGCCUUUCACAGUGGCGCCGGACGUGAGUGGAUCAUUGGAGGCGAGGGAGGACGAUUUCCUCCAUGCGUUGGUCGGCGAGUGCAGAGAAUGGGUGGCAAUCAGCAAAGAAAAUUGUCAGCUCAUGAAGGCGCUGGUGGACAAGAUGAAGGGAGGCGGCGAGGCGUCUGCGGACCAGCAGGGCGGGCUGACAGCCGGAGAGUGGGAGGCAACACCGAUGACGGCUGCGGGACCCACCUCUGCGCCCCGCCGUCGUCUCGCCCCGCGAUGGGGGGGUGGUCGAGAGGACCGAAUUUCCCCGGUCAAGAUGAGGAGGAGGGCGGUGCUGGACCGGACGGGAGGCACCGCCAAAGACCAUGGACGCUGGGUCCGGUCCUUGCGUCGGGGGAAGGAGGACCGGCCAUUCGCCUUUUUCCAGCGGCUUCAGAAGAUCCGGGAGCAGCUCCGAGAGGCGAUCCCCGAAGGACGACCGAUUGGGGCCAGUACCGCCGGCCACUGGACCACGCAGCUGCGGGCACCCUCGUUGAGGACCACCUGGCCAUCCACCGCGAGAGGCAACCCGCACCGAGGGCGCCCGGACGGAGCGCACAGAGAGAAAAAAAAAAAGGAGAGAGCAGUACAUAUUCCCCGCCUUAAACCACAUGACUCGCCGUAUGUUCUUGCCCCGCAGGUCCGGACUGUUGUCCCCGGAACAUCUCCCGCGCAGACGGCCCCUCAAACGCUUGGGCAGGCGUGCUGGAGGCGUGGGCGGCCCGGUCGCACGCGUCAGGGACCUCAGCAGGUGGAAGUGGGGCGCGUGGCUGUGGCGGCCGGCCCUUUAGUGCCCUCCCCCGACCCGGGUGAGAGGGCGAUGGUGGAUUCGGGCUGUGGGCAUACUAUGAUCCACCAGAACCUGGUUCGACCCGAGGCUUUGAGGAAUGCAACACGGCUAAAAAUCAGGCUGACGCGUCGGGCAGAGGACUGGGAGCGGUUUUGUCCCAGCAGGUGGAGGGCGUCGACCGGCCCAUCCUUUACAUCAGCUGAAAGCUAUCCGAAAGGGAGGCGAGGUACAGCACAGUGGGGAGGGAGUGCCUCGCCAUCCGAUGGGCGGUCGGGGCCCUCCGAUACUACCUCCUGGGGCGCUCAUUCAGCCUCUGCUCGGACCACAAACCCCUCCAGUGGCUCCACCGCAUGAAGGAUGCCAACGCGCGGAUCACCCGGUGGUAUCUGGCUUUGCAACCCUACAACUUCAGAGUGAUCCACAGACCGGGUGCACAGAUGGCCGCGGCCGACUUCUUGUCCCGCUCUUUUCCUGUAGGGGUGUGGGGGAGUUGGGGCGGCCAGACGGCAUCCCGGCCUGAGUCUGGCGGUGGAGGUAUGUGGUGGGCGUGGCCUGCGCACCUGCAGGGAAGCGGGGUGUGGCAGGGCCGGCUUCGAGGUUGGCGACAGGUGAGCGGAUGACACAGCUGAAAGUGGUCAUCUAAUCACCUGUCGUUCUGUUAAAAGGCAGCAGUCUGAAAGGACAAGCGGUUGGAGUUGGAACAGACGGCAAAAGGGACAGAGACAAUUGCCGGGAAACACGCAAAAGACAUUGUGCUAAGGCAGA